AUGAUAGAAUUGAAUAUCAACGAAGAAAUUAAUCCUAUUCCUAUCGAUAUGUCCGAUAUCCAGCAGCCUAUUCCUUCGAGUAGCGAGCCCACUCCCCAGAUAAUGGAGGAGGUUGAAAAACAGGAAGAAUUUAUCGAACCUGACAUAAAAAAACGUAAAUUAUCCAGUAGAAUAACUGGAGAUGAAAAGAAAUAUAAACUCGAGGAUAGGCUGGGCGGAAUUUUGUGCUGCGCAGUUUGUUUGGAUCUGCCUCGAGCUGCUGUUUAUCAGUGCAGCAAUGGUCACUUAAUGUGUGCCGGAUGCUUCAUUCAUGUGUUGGCCGACGCUAGACUCAGAGACGAGACGGCCACGUGUCCCAGCUGUCGCGUGGAAAUAAGUAAAACAUCGGCCACCCGAAAUUUGGCCGUCGAAAAUGCCGUAUCCGAGUUACCAGCCGAAUGUCAAUUUUGUAACAAGCAAUUCCCGAGGAAUUCCUUGGUUCGACAUGAGGAAUCGGAGUGCGAAGAAAGGAUUUCAGGUUGUAAGUACAGUCGCAUAGGUUGUCCAUGGAGGGGACCGUUACACGAAAGAUCGGAACACGAAAAAGAAUGUGUACAUCCUAAUCGUUCAGGAGCAGAUGUUAUGGAAGCAUUAAAAUCCAUAGAUCAUCAAAUUAAUGAAGAACGCAUACUUUAUGAUGGUAUAUUCGACUUGCUGGGAUAUGAUAAAAUAACUUUUAAUGAUGUACAAUUAAAACCAUAUCGUACAGACGAAUUUGUGCAUCGUUUAUUUUAUGAAUCGUCAAGAUUUUCGGCAUUUAAUUAUCAAUGGGUUGUGAAAGCAAGAAUAAACAAUAACCAGAAGGAUCCAACACAAAGUUCUGAAAGAGAUAUGUCCUAUCAGUUGAUGUUAAAGUCAAAAUCCGUCAAACCGUUGAGUUUGAGCUACAUAGUACUAAAAGGGCCCGUCGGUGAUAUAAAUGUAAAACCAAGAAUUCACGAAUUUGAAUUUACGGAACAAAAUUGCGAAACUCCUUUUGUAAAAUUACCUUUGCCCGAUACACCAGAGUGUAAUCGAUUAUUGGCAGCGACAACUAUAAAUUUCAGGUUGAUAAUGUUCUCAAAAUAA